AAAUUGCCAAGCCCUGAACAAGUUAAGGGUAAAAAAUAUUGUAAGUGGCAUAAUGCAUGGUCACAAUUGACUAAUAACUGUUUGGUUUUUCGCCAUGUGUUACAGGAUGCUAUUGAAUCAGGACGAAUUACGUUUGAGGAUAAGAGGAAGAUGGCAGUGGAUGAAAACCCUUUUCCACAGCCACUUGAGGUGAACAUGGUGACGACUGGUUUCAAAAACAAGUUGCCAAAAUUUAAGUUGGUUAUAGAUAACGGGGAAGAGGACGCUGGACCACAUCCCAGUGUCUUUGAACGUAUCAAAGGGAAAGAGUCUGAAAAGGAUGAAGAUGUCCUGUGUCCAAGAUGUAAAAGAGAAGGAAUGCCACGUCCUAAGGCACCUAAGCUACUCGAGGUGGCCAAUCAAAAUAUUCUCGAAGACAGUGAGGAGACUGGUAUAGAAUUACCAAUGGACAUCAGUACGAGGUUGCAAGGGGAAAGUUAA